AUGCCAUCGAACGCCUUGCUCCAACAACGGAGCAAGGGAAAAGGUGGUCCUCCAUUUGGUGUAGCUCAGCGUCGCUUCAUUACUACAACUCGAAAUGCUAUCUCUAGUCAAGGACAAACGUUUUUUGCAUCUCAUGACUGGAUGAACAUCAAGCCAAAGAAUGGAUUCAAUACUUGCUUAGCGCAGGAUAAGUCGAACAUCCUGGGUGAAGCAAUCUACGUGAAGCCAUUGGUUGUAUGGAUUCCUCACUAUUUAAUUCCCAAUCACAUCCCUUCUUGCCCCAAUUGCGAGCGUUGUGAUGGCAUUGACGUCAACGAGGCAAAGUGGGUGAAGCAGCCAAAAGUCUUGUUUGGUUUGAGGAGUCAGCGCUAUCUUGACACCAUGAGCUACAAGUGUCAUGGUUGCAAGAAAGAGUUUUAUGGCUAUAAUGAGCGGUCAAUGGAACUGGAUGCGAACAAGCUAACUGGUCUAUUCAAUAUUCAUCUGUCACGGGGCUUUGCUGUGGAUGACGAGCUGUACAACUACGUGAUCGCUCAUUCACUUGAUAGCACGUCCACCAUCCAUCGCCGCGUUGUCCAGUUGCAUUCUGACCAAUAUCUGUCUGAAGCUAUGUACUACUAUAGGGCAGUUGACGCUGACAAGGUCAAGGCACUACCGGGUAACGUAGCUGUUGGUGAUGGCACACAGCGUACAAUUGAUUCGAUGCUCCCAAAGGCUCAGGCGAGGCCAAGCAGAGAUGAGCAGCAUUUGAGCAACCUGAUGCACAAAUGCGACGUGAUCAAGCGAAGAAUGGAGUUCAAGAUAGAACAAUACGAGGGAGAAGUCCGUUUCAGUGAUUUACUGGACAAGAAAGCAAACAGGAAUAAUAUUCAUCAGCCCUUCAAGGGGCUGGGAAAAGCGAAGCUCGAACUGUUGGUACAGAACAAUAUCUUCACUACUCGAGAUCUUUUGCUUUUCCCGGGUGGCAAUCCAGCUAUCCUCCCGCAGUGGAAGAUGAUCGUGCAAGACUACUAUGAGCAAGUGAAAGUGGAACGAGACCGUGCAAUGCAGGACUACGAGGAGGUUACGUUGGAUAUUGACAUGCUGAAGCUAGUUAUGGAGGAAGAGGAUCCAACAGCCGUACUGGCAGAAGCCGCACAGCAAGUUUCACAAGAAGCAGAACAGGUGGCUGAAACAACUGAUAAGCCCCCACCUUUCUCGCAAAUCAAUGACACCGAGAAGUACAACUGCCGGCCUCCUUCCAAGGCAACUAUCGAUCCGAGUGAAGGUUUGGACUGGUCGCGGUGA